GUUGAUAUUCAAGUGCUCGAAAGAAAAAUGCUAUUUUGAGCCGAUAUUUUCCGAUAAAUAAAUGCAUCGAUGUUUAUUUGUAUUUGUAUUCCAAUCCACAUCUCUAAAAAGUAACAUGCAGAAGUCAAGUCGUCAUCGGCUCAGUGAAGAACAGCUUUUUAAAGCUAUACAGAAGAAAAAGGAAUGUAAUGCAAAGGCACAAAAAAUAGUUGAGUCGUUCUUAGAAAGGAACAUUGAAAGAGAUUAUUUCCUAACUCAGCUGAAAGAUAUCAACCAAAGUCAUUACGACGACAUCGUGGAGGAGCGACACAUUCUUCUAUUAUGUGGCUAUCCCUUAUGUGAGAAAUUAUUGGAAAACGUGCCAUUGAAAAAAUAUCAAAUAUCUACAACAAUAAAUAAGGUAUACGACAUAACAGAUCGUAAAAAAUUUUGCAGCUCGCAUUGUUUCAAAGCGUCAGAGUUUAUAAAGUCGCAAAUAUUAGUGAGCCCGCUUUGGUUGAGACAACAUGAACAAAUUCCAGAGUUCAAAUUACUGGAUGAAACAAAUAUAUAAUUACACAUUUUUUAUUGAUAUGACAUGAUUUGAUCAUUAUAAACAAAUUAUUUAUUAUUUGCCUCUUAACCGUUCCACUGUGAUGGAAUUCUGUAAAAUUAAAUUAGCAGCGUAUAAAUCAAAUCUAAGUUUAGUACUUUAAUGUUUAAAGAAAGAUAAUUAUUAUAUUAAUCUGAUGACAUCAUUUUAUUGAUGACAAUUAAUGUUAAAUUUAUAAUUGCGAUAGGACAAUGUUUCAUAUACAUAUUAGAGUGUAAAGCUCCAGUUACCGAUGCUUGACUUGACUCAGCUUCAAAAAAUUUGGCUUGGAAAACUUAGUUGCAGUUAUACUUCACACAACUUCAACUUCAGCUGUUAUUAUUAUAGUUUCUGGGUAGAGUUUGCCAGAUGUUCAGAUUUAGCUUUAAAACUAAGUUUUUUUUAAUUAAAAUAUCACCAAGAUUGAAGAUUUUAAAACUAGUAUACAAAAAAAAACUUCACUAUUAGGAAAUCUGUGAACACGUUAAGAUUUUCUGUUUGAAAGAAAACUCUUUAAUAAAUACAUCCCUACUAAUAUUAUAAAUGCGAAUGUAAGUUUGUUUGUUACGCUUUCACGCAAAAACUACUGAACCGAUCAUCAUGAAACUUUGUACAUAUACUCUUGAAGGUACUAGAAGCAACAUAGGGUACUUUAUAUUAAUAAAAAAUUUUUUACGAAAGAUAAAACAAUUGUUUGUCAAAAAAUGUAUUUUUUCCUCGACGAGACAAUAUGGAUGAUUUUGAGAAUGAAAUUGCACGAGAGCUAAAUUAUGAUUUCAUAGCACUGCAACAUCAAGUGACAGAAUUAGUUCCUCAAUUACUUCCAGAGCAAAAUCAUGUUUUCCAUCAAGUUUUACGUAAAAUAGACUCCGGUAGUGGUGGACUCUUCUUUCUCGAUGCACCAGGUGAAACUGGAAAAACGUUUUUACUAAACUUAUUAUUAAUGUCCGUCAGAAAAGACCAAAAAAUAGCAGUUGCCGUAGCUUCGUCAGGUAUUGCCGCGACGCUAUUAAACGGCGGUCGUACGCACAUUCCUUUUUAAAAUUACCAUUGAAUUUGGCACAGGAAGAUUCGCCAAUCUGUAAUUUUAGUAAAAAUAGUUCACGAGGUAGAAUGCUGCGAGAAUGCAAGCUUUUAGUGUGGGAUGAAAGUACAAUGUCUCACAAAAAGGCUAUAGAAGGUUUAAACCGGACCCUCCAGGACUUGCGAGAUAGUACAGAUAUAAUGGGAGGCAUGAUGGUUUUAUUGGCUGGAGAUUUCCGUCAAACCCUCCCAGUGAUUCAGAGGGGGACACCAGCAGAUGACGUGGAUUCAGGACUUUACGCAGAAAUGUUGUUGAAAAUUGGUGAUGGUUGAUUAGACGUUGACGCUGAAGGCUACAUAUCACUGUCAAGAGAAUUUUGUAAUUUAGUAAAAAGUGAUGUGGAUCUCAUUGCUAAUGUUUUUAAGGAAUUAAAACAAAAUUUGUGUAGUGAUCAGUGGUUGUGUGCAAGAGCAAUAUUAGCACCAAGAAAUGAAAUCGUUAAUAGGAUCAACACUGACAUUUUAAACGAAGUUCAGGGAGAAAUGAAGGAAUAUUUGUCAAUGGAUACAAUUAUGGAUUCGGAACUAAGUACUUCACAUCCUGUGGAGUUUUUAAAUUCACUUGAACUAUCGGGUGUACCGUCACAUAAACUUCAAUUGAAACUAAAUGUACCAGUAAUGCUUAUGCGAAAUCUAGAUGCUCCUAGGCUAUGUAAUGGAACAAAGCUUUGGAUAACAAAAUUGGGACAAAACAUACUUGAUGCUACUAUUUUAACAGGUGUCGGUAAGGGAAAUAGUGUUAUAAUACCUCGGAUACCAAUUAUUCCCACUGACUUUCCAUUCCAAUUUAAAAGGAUUCAGUUUCCCGUCAAGCUUAACUUUGCUGUUACUAUAAACAAGGCACAAGGACAAACAUUACAGGUAUCAGGAGUGCAUUUAGAAAACCCAUGCUUCUCUCAUGGUCAGCUUUAUGUAGCCUGUUCACGUGUAUCUAAUGCCAGGAAUUUACACAUACAUAUUUGCACGCGACAGGAAAACUUAUAACAUUGUCUACAAAAAUAUCUUAAAUUAAUACUUUGUAUUUUAUUUUUUUAAAUUGUUAGAAUUCAGAAUUAUUUAUUUGUGUGACGGUGAAAUAUAUUUUAACAUUUGUUGUUGCAUUUCAAUAAGCAUAUAUUAAAGUGUUGAAACUUCUGUCUGUAGUAAUUUUUAAAAAUUGUUGAUCUCAGCCAAACAAUCAAAUUUAGUUAUCAUAUUGACUCAUUUCUAUUAUUAUACCCUUACCCUUUAUCUCUCAUACUUAUUUAAUGUCUCCACUGCGGGCGAAGCCGCGGGUAAAAAGCUAGUAUAUGAAUAUAGCUUUGAGCAGAAUAGCACAAAAGAAACGUGCACGCGUAGUUCAGUUUUUCGAUAUUUAGAAUUGUUAGAAGAUGUAAUAAAUUGGAGCCAGCCAAGCGUAUAAAUGAUAGGCCCAUUAAACGGAUCUUUUAUGUGACAGUUCUCAAGUCUCUCUAGGUCAAGUCAAGCAUCGGUAACUGGAGCUUAAAAUGAAACUGAAAUCAUGUAACUUAAGAUUGAAUUAGUUGUGCCACAAUUAUGCCAAACAGCUGAUCCAACUAAUAGAUAUAAAUGAAUGGAAUACACAUCAUUUUCAUACGUAUUACUGCUGCUUUCCGAUAAAUUUUGUAUUUCCACCAUAUGAAUUGACAUAUUUCGGGAUAUAUAUCAGGAUUAUUAUUUUUGUAUUGGUUUUUUUAGAUAGUGGUAUUCAAGAAGAAAUAAAACGCAUAUAUUUAAUGUUAUGGCAAAAAAAUGUAUGCUUUGUUAUAAUUUUACUCGAAUAUAUUUCAGCCAACGGGCUCAAUUUUCGACAACUUUCUGCAGCAAACGUUGUUUCGGAGUAAGCAUAUUCAUUAUGAAAUGGCAGACCAAACUGAAUACAAAUCAACAGCUGUCAAAAAAUCUACUGGGGUUGCACUCCGGGAGUGCAGGCAGAAGUGAAAACUUGAGCACUUUUUUGGGUGGACAUUUUUAGGUGUGCUCGCGACAUUAGAAAUUGUACAUAAAACAUCAAGUUUAUCAAAGCAAUGUGGUCACUUUUUGAAUGGACAUGAAGUAUAAUAAUAUAGAAAUUAUUUUCGAA